CUUAAAACCUGGUUUGAUCCCAUAACACACAAAGGGACUGAAGGUGUUGUUCGUAUUGUCUGUACUUGGCAUUGGUAAGGAUGGCACAGGCCCUUGUAUUUUGCCUCUUGGCUUUAUGUCUUGGCAUCAGCGCAGAGAAAGAUACAAUAGAAACAGAAUUAAUCGAAGACACUGAAAUUGCAAAAGGAACAGUCAUAGCUCCAAGUGUCGUGGGCUGUUACAUAAAAAGUAUGCCGGAACUGUAUGACUUUAUGAUGAACACCUGGGCCUUAUACCAUAAUCUUGAGUAUGACUCCAGAGAAGAUAAGGAACCUCAAGUAAUCUUCUAUAACUACAAAAAUGAAGAACUCAAGUCAGUGAAAAUAAAGAAUCUGAAAGCUGAUGAAAUUAGCGCUUUACUCGAUGAAGCUGGGUUUUACCGCAAGUCACAAAAGGGAGAAGAGGUCCCUAAAGAAUUCCAGCACUAUCCAUUGAAAGCACCAAGAGAUGAGCUCUAAGUGACAAUGUUAUAUAGUUAUUAUUGAAUAAUAUUAUGUAUUAUAUGUUUCAAUGGCACAUAGAGGAUGGACAUCACGCUCGUUACACUAGAAAGCUGUAUCUUUGGUGAGAAGUUAUUACAAAUCAUGGAAGGUUACUUUUUUAUUAAGAACAAAGGUAUGCGAUGAUAAUAAACUAUAUUUAUGCUCA